CAGGGGCAAGGAUCAUUUUACGAACGCCAGCUAAUUUACCCGGCGUCCAUAUUGCCUACGCUGUUGUUGUCUUGAGCGUAAAAUCGACUUAAUAUUGAAGCCUACAAUCAGAGGAAAAACAUUGUAGUAGGUUGUUUCGUCGACGGAAAAACCUUUUUGCUCUAACAAGAUGCAUUUGAAAGGAUUCCGUUCGAUUUUUCUUCACGGCAUCAUAUUGGCUUUCCUCUUCGAAGUCUGUUUUUGUGAUGAUGACUUCAGAUGUCCGUACAAUAUUCACGUGAAUAAGGGACAGAUCAUUGAGGCCAAAGCAUCUGUAGACAAUGGUGCCUCGUUUUUGAAACAUUAUGAAGUUCGCGAUGCUCGAGAGUGUUACAAGUUGUGUUGCGAACGAAAGAACUGCGAUCUCGCGCAAAUGCAAUACAAAAAUUAUACGGAUGGAUUCUCCUCGGAAUUACAGAAGGUUUGUUUUAUGUUCCACUGCGGAAAGCCCAGUAAAUGUCUCUUUGGACAACACGAUCACUACGCUACGAUAUCUUACGACAGACCAAGUGAAGAACUAUCGUACAUAGACGGCAAUCAGUUUGGACCUUCAUCUGUUAAAACUGGGGAAGCAAAAUUGGGCACCGCGAAAGAAAUUAAACCUUCUGUUCGCGAAGGUAGGAGUUGUGGUUUUUAUGUCGUAUGUUAUGUAAAUCGCUUAAUUGUUUUCUAGCAUCAGUUACUUGAAAUUGCGAUAGCAAAAUCAUUACUAUUAUCUGAUUAUUCGUACAGUCUCUUCACAAAUGGAAACAUUUCUCACAGUCGUGUACAAGGGACACGUAUUCUUAAUUCGCAGGGGUAUUUCCUCGUUCCAGUCUAUAAUUUUGAUAUCAGGUUUAAUCCUGGUCCUCUAGUUCCUUAUUAUUUCACUCGAGAUGAGUGAAGGGUCAACAGAAACAUCACACUUUAAAAUGUUCAAAAAUAUAAAUAUAAUAUUUUGUCCUAAUUUUCGUAUUUCUAAACACCUGCAGAUCUCCUUGGUGAAAGUGCUUGAAUAUAGUUCGCACUAGUAACCGAGAAUCUUUGUUUAUCUUUGUUUUUUGUGCUCUUUCUGUUGAUUUAUUUUUAGCGAAAAUUGAUUUCAAGGCUGUUUUUCUAAGAUUUAUUUCCUUUGUAGAAGUUAAGCGUCAAUUUUUGCUCAAAACUCUCUCCAAUCCUGGCAAUUCGGACUAUUCAAACUGUCUCUGUAAAGUCAGUUAAAGGAGUUGCAAUGUUGUCUUUCUGCACAUUUCUACAACUGAUUCAUUGUACUUUUUCACAUAUAAAAUACGUGACAGCGGUAAAAGGCCCAGUAAGACCUUCUAAGUGGUACAAAACUACUGAAAAUCCUAGCUUUUGAUUACUGAAAUGGCAGAUAUGGUUAAGGCAUUGGAAUGAGAUUUUUUCCACAAAAAUUUUUUCCACAUAAUUGUGUGCUCAUAAGAAUUAUGCAGCCAAUAGUUAUUUUGUAGUUCAGUUUGCUAUUCUUUGUCUUCUUGAGCCCUCACACACAUAGCUCCUGGAAAUAACCAAGUUUUAUACAGAUAAUCAAUUUAUGCUUUGUAACCUUACCAAAUAGUUGGUCUCCUGUUCCUGUAGAAUCAGCAAAUUGUUGGCUGGGUUUUUUUUUUUUUUUACCUUUUACGUCCUAAAAUUCACAUUCUCUGCUCUGUUCUCUUUAUUUUCCUUGUGAUAUUGACAAGAAGAAUUUGUUUGACAAUUAGAAACUUCUGGAGUUGGUGAUCAUUUCCUUUAUUCUCCUGGCCUUUAUAUUUGAUUUAGAGGUGAUACUGUUAGGGGAGAUUAUAAGUCUGUGUCUGUUAGGGGAUGUUGGGUUAAAUGUUAAUUUUUCCUUGAUUUAUCUACUAGGUAAUACAAAAGACAGAGUUCAAGGAUCGUCACAAUACAAACCACCUUCAAGACAGUACACGACUGAGGAACAAGACAAAUAUGAAGAGGAAGAAGAUUUAAGGAGUCCUUGGAAACAGAAAUCCUAUGAAGGGAGCACUGUGCAUUCAAAACAACCUUUUGGAAAAGAUAGGUAUCAUAGCAAGAACACACAUGAAUCAUGGUCAGCGAAAAAAAUGGCAAGGCCAGUUCUAGAUAAAGAUGAAUACUCAGAAAAUUCUCAAGAAUCUCAAAAGCCUUAUUACCAAGUUACCUCAAAUCAUCCUGAUUUCCCUACAAAACACCAGCAUGUAAACAUGAAAGGACCUGUAAGACCUGGAAACCCUGUGAAAGAAGUGGCUGAGGAACCAACUGAAGAGAAGGCAACAACACACGAUUCUGAUGACGUGGAUAGGGAACUUGAGAGAAAACUAGAGGAACUUAUGCCAAAAACAGACACUCAACAAUAUCAGCCUUCUGGUGGUGACACGAAGGCUGUGCCCACAACUGUUAAACCCACCUUUCACCAGUGGAGGCAAUUUGUUGACAAUAACCCAAAUUUUCCAUAUACAAUUCCAAGCGAAGUAGAACAUCCAUUAGAACAAGCAGUGGAGAAGCAGACAGAAAAACCUGUUGAAAAACCAGUGCAGAAAAAGCCAGUAGAGAUUCCUGCACAAAAACAAGUUGUGCAGAAACCAGUGGAGGUGCCUGUGCAAAAGCCAGUACAGGUACCGGAGCAGAGGCCAGUACAGGUACCAGUGCAGAGGCCAGUAGAGGAAACUGUACAGAAGGUACCUGUACAGAAGAAACCAAUAGAGGUACCUGUGCAGAAGAAACCAGUAGAGGUACCUUCACUAAAACCUGUGGAGAAACCGAUACAAACCCAAGUACCCAAACCUUGGCAGGAACCAACAGAACCAGAGACAGAACCACCCAAGCCAACAGAACCUAUAAUAAUGACAGAAAAAGCAAGAGUUCAUGAUGGUAUGGAAUUGAUUCCAAUAUUUACCCCUCCUUUUCUCUUUAUCCACACUGUUGCUCCUUUUUUCACAACCCUUUCCUUUCCUGCUCUUACUUUAACACACCUUCCUGUCUCAACCCUUUCCUACUCCAUUCCUUUCACCCUCUCCCAUUUUCUACCUCACAAUCUACUCCACUUAAACUUUCAUACAGUUCUUAAAGUUCCCUCUUCCCUUAUUUCUUCCCUCAGACCCUCUCAUACUUCCUAAUCUCUUUUAUCCUCUCUUUUCUUUUUUCUCUCCCCUUCUUGUCCCCUUUCUCUCCAACUUUUCAGUCCUCUUCUCUGUUCUUUCUGCUCUUCUAAGCUCAUAGUCCUUCUGACCCCACCCUUGAUUCCUUCCUCUGCUUAUAGUUAACCCCUAAAGAUCUCUUUUAGUUCCCCUGUCACCUUGUUCUUUCAUUUCCUUGCUUCCAGUUCCAUCUCUCUCUCUCUCUUCCUAGAGCUUUUGUCAAGGUCCAAACCUUAAUGUUGAUAUAUGUGCAAGAGCUUCUCUUAAUUAAUUUCUUUUUCCUCAUUCUUAGAACCCAAACAGCAACAUGAUGAGCGUCCCUUGAUUGAAGUGCCAAUCCAGAGCAAGAACAUCUCUGAUGUAGUGGUAAUUGAAACACAUAGGCUAAAGAUCAUUGAGAACAAGGCAGUUCUUCCACUAGCAAUAUUCCUUGUGAUUGCAAUUUUAUUGCUGUUUGUUGUGGCCCUUCGUUUAAGAAUUGUCAAAAGCAGAUUAAAAAGGCGGCCAUUUGCAACAGAUGAUGCUGAUUAUCUAAUCAAUGGCAUGUACUUGUAACAUACUGCUAAUGGUGAUCAAGCUAUAAAUACUUAUAUUAGUCAUUCUUCUGUGAAAACACCAUGUUUUCAAAUGGAUAAUUUCCUUACAUGAUAGACCCUCUCAGGGCCAAGUUCCAAUAUUACUAUUAUUACUAAGGUGGCCUAAUACAGAUUUGUGUGAGCUUGGAAGCAUUUAUUUAAUUGCCACACAGAGAUUUCAAGAAAUUUACAUGGUUCCAGUACCCGUAAAAAAGGUUUCUUUGUUCAAUUGCAGCUUUAUGUUAGGUAUUUUUAUUCAAAGAAAAAGUAUGCGUGAUCAUGAGGUCUGCCAAAAAAGACUUUGAAAAUUAACAGGGCUUUUUCUUGAAAAUCUUGUACACUUCUGAUCUGAAGUAAUACAAAAUGCAUCUGUUAGAAGUCAAUUUUCUGUAAAUAGUAAAGCUGCAUUUGCCAUGGAAACAGCAAGCACUUUACAGAAAUACAAAAUAAAAUAAAAUAAAAGUAAUACAAAAUGCAUCUGUUAGAAGUCAAUUUUCUGUAAAUAGUAAAGCUGCAUUUGCCAUGGAAACAGCAAGCACUUUACAGAAAAUGCCCAAAUAUUACACUCUUCAUGGUAACACUUGUACAUUUUAUUGAAAUUGCUUCAUAAGGUGUGUAAGUUAGGGACAUGGUUGAAAUUUGUAAUUCAGAUUAUUUAAGCUGUUGGCAAGUAUCACUUCCAGAAGUUGGUUACAUAUUUUUUGAACUGUUGACCUUUGUUGCCCUGUGGAUUCAAUUUAGAAAUAAGUUAAAGAAGCAUUUGGAUUCUCAUUUCUUUGUGGGAAAUGAUUACUUUAUCCAUAUGAGGCAGAGUACACAACUGAUGAUUCAUAUGAAAUUAGGUGCAUUUCUCUUUGAAUGAAAGUAGAAAUUAACACCCUAGAAACAAAGGGUGGCAAUUGUUUUGGAAACCUAGCAAUCAGGGUUCUCCAGAGUUAUCUAACACCUUCGUUUGAAUUAUUUAUACUUGUAAGAGGAAAUUGUACAAUUGUAGUCAGUAUUUGCUGCAAUGGCACAAUUCUUAUUGUGACUCAAAACUUAUGAUUUGGAAAAGGACUUUCUCUUUUUUCCAGAGAUCUCAGGUCUAACAUAAUUUGUGUUAAUGCUGUGUAAAAGCUUUGGUCUUAACAUAACAUUUAGUUGGUAAUAAGAUUAUUAUGAGUUGUACAUACUCUUUAGGAAGUAGGAUGUAAUAAUUUUCUGAAAAAUAUUAAUGUAAGGGUAUUGUAAUGUAAUACAUUGCCAAGAACUGUAAGUUCAGCCAGCAUUUUUCUGAUAAGUGUUUAGCUAAGGAGGAACUAGAGUAUGUAUUCAUGACUGUGAGAGGUUGAUUCAAAUUUUGAAGGCCACUGUAAGAUAAUAAACACAAUACAGCUGUCAAGAAAUUCAGAGAAAUGUGGAAAAAAAACAUAUUUGAGAAGAUUGAGGCAAGAAGGACAACAUUCAGACAAUUUUCUUUGGUAGCAUUCUUUGAAUGUAACAAUGUUGUUAUUCACUUUCUAGCAAAAAUAUUAAGCUGCAGAUUUUUGAUCAAUUAAGGGACGAUUGCUGAAUAGAUUCAAAAUGGGAAUUGAAUUUAUAUCAAAUUUAUUUUCGUAGUAAAAUAUUGAGUCAGUUAGAUAUUGCUGUCAUCAAACACC